AUGAAGCGUCUCUCACUCACCUUGUUCGGGCCACUGAAUCAGCCACAAAUACCGCCGUCGCGUGUGCGGCAUGUAUGUCGCUGCGGCCAGACGCUGCGCGUAAGCAGGAUCGACAGCGGCAGGCGGUUAUUUUCAAGACGUGCGGCCGACUCGCUCCCCUUCAAGAGAUACACGCUGCCGCAGAAGUACAAGCCCGGCACAAGCAUUAUUGACUUGCCAGCAAAGAUGAGUGGCGCCCCCCAAGAAGCGCCGCGCAAGCGGACCGCGUACAUCGCUCUGGGCAGCAACAUGGGCGACCGCAUCGGCUGGAUCGAGAAGGCGUGCAAGGAGAUGGACGCGCGGGGGAUUAGGGUGAAGCGGACGAGCAGCCUGUGGGAGACGGAGCCCAUGUACGUGCUAGACCAGGAUAGAUUUGUCAAUGGUGCCUGCGAGGUUGAAACGACCCUGGAGCCUCUCGAGUUGCUCGAUGCGCUUCAGGACAUCGAAACGUCAUUGGGUCGCAAGAAGCUCAUCGACAAGGGGCCUCGCAACAUCGAUCUGGACAUUCUCCUCUACGAGAACCUCCAAUUCGACCAUGAGCGCCUCAAGAUCCCUCACAUCAGCAUCCCCGAGCGGGAAUUUGUCCUCCGUCCCCUAGCCGAACUCAUCCCGGACAAACCCAUCGACCCAUCGCGCCCUUGGCGUCUCACAGCCGACUACCUCUCCGCCGUCCCGCCGUCCAAAACCGCGGCGCUCACCACCAUGACCCCGCUCUCGCCGCACCACCCGCCCAUCCAGGCGCUCAACCCGUCGCGCAAGACGCACGUGAUGGCCAUCCUCAACAUGACGCCGGACUCCUUCUCCGACGGCGGCGCCAACAACCCGCUGGACCAUUCCGCCCUCCACCAGACCAUCACCACGCUCCUCGACGCCGGCGCGACCAUGAUCGACGUAGGCGGGCAGUCCACCGCCCCCGGCGCGCCCGAGGUACCGCUCGAAGAGGAACUGGCACGCGUGGUGCCCGCGAUCCGGCUCAUCCGCUCGUCCCCCGCCCUGGCCUCGCGCCCCGUGCUGAUCAGCGUCGACACGUACCGCGCCGCCGUGGCCGAGGCGGCCGUGGGCGCGGGCGCCGACAUCGUCAACGACGUCUCGGGCGGCUCCAUGGACCCGGCCAUGCUGCCGACCGUCGCGCGCCUCGGCGCCACCGUCUGCCUGAUGCACAUGCGCGGCACGCCCGCCACCAUGAACGCCCUGGCCGAGUACCCGGCCAGCGAGGGCGGGCUGGUCGCGGGCAUCGCGCGGGAGCUGGUGGCGCGCGUGCGGGCGGCCGAGGAGGCGGGCGUGCGGCGCUGGCGCAUCGUGCUGGAUCCCGGGUUGGGGUUCGCCAAGGUCGGGCGGCAGAACGUCGACGUGCUGCGCCAUCUGGACGAGCUGAGGAGCUGGCCUGGCCUGCAAGGGUUGCCGUGGCUGGUUGGGUCGAGCAGGAAGAGCUUUAUCGGCAGGGUGACCGGGGUGCCGACGCCCAAGGAGAGGAUCUGGGGCACGGCCGCGACGGUGGCGGCUGCGGUGCAGGGGGGUGCCGAUGUGGUGAGGGUGCAUGAUGUGAGGGAGAUGGCUCAGGUGGUGGCCAUGGCCGAUGCGAUCUGGAGAUAUUAG